AUGGAAGCGGAGACGGCCGUCUUCCCAGACUUGUCGGAUUUUGAGUUCUUCAUGAUCAUACUCCAAAAUACCUGGGAAAAACUGAGGGUGCCUGACAAGUUCGCCAAGUUGCUGGACGGGCAAGAGCCCCGUGAAGUGAAGCUGCGGGAGGCAAGCGGCGGUCGUCGCCUGUGGGACGUGGCUGUGCUGUUCGACGGCGAAGGCCACAUGUACCUGGAGCGCGGCUGGCAGCCGUUCGCCCGUGCUCACGACAUUGGGCUCGGGAACUUCCUCGUCUUCAGUUACGAUGGCGACGCCGUUCUCACAGUCAAGGUGUUCGACGGAAGCAUGUGCCGCAGACACUACCACGACGACGACGACACCAGCAGUGGAACCAGCAGCCACAGCGGCACCAACAACAGCAUGGACAGUGUCAGCAACGACAUCAGCAGCAGCAGCACGGCGGAGAUGAAGAUGGACGACGCGCUGACGUCGCAGUUCACGGUCACGCUGAAACCGAGCCACCUGGGCGACAGGCAGAAGCAGUACCUGAACGUGCCGCCGGCGUUCCAGAACGCGCACGGGUACGACAGGAGGAGAGAGGUGGUGCUGCGGAUGCGCGGGGAGAAGUGGAGCGUGUCCCUGAAGCACAACGUCCGGGCGGAUGGCAAGACCCGCGCGACGCUCAGGUAUGGGUGGCACCAGUUCUGCGUCGACAACGGCCUCGGCGUCGGCGACGUCUGCUUCUUCCGUGCGCUGCGCGGGGUAGGGGUAGGCGACGACCACGCACUCAAGGUGGAGGUGCGCAAGCGAGAUGACACCUUCCUGGAAUGA